AUGCACAACCAUUCGAAUCGUCAUCAUGACAGUAGUACUACUGACAGGAAUCUAUCAGAAGAAACAACAACUCAUGAAGAAGAGGAAAACACUUCAGAUCAUGUAAAUAUUAAUUUAUCCUCUACAAACUUGUCAAAUAUUAAUCCGAGAUACAAAAUGUCUAGACGAAACAGUAAUGAAGAGGAAGUUUAUCCUUCCGAAAGUGGCAGGAAAAAAUCUGGCCAUUCAUCAUCAACCUAUGAUUAUGCCCCUGUACAAUUUUCAGAAAGGGACUCUUGGAGUACUCGUUCCCUUUCGAAUAGCAAACUGGUAAAGAUAAUCCUAAGACGAAAGUUUUGGUUAAUUAUUGGAUUGUUUUUACUUGUGGCCAUCACGUUCGUGGCCCUGGGUUUAUGGGUAAUCAUGCAAAUUUUUAGAAAAGAUGACAGUAUUCUAGUUGAAAGAAUUAUCAGAGAAAGAAUUAAUUCAAAAAAGAUUCUUUCGAAUAGUGAAAAGAUCGAAAUGGCAAAAAGAAAACAAUCAAUGGUCAAGGAAUAUGCUAAAGGAUUGAAUAAUUACUUGUUGCAAACGUGGUCGAAACAGUUUCAACCUUCGAAUAGUGAUAAUAUUUUGGAUUUAAUUGUUUUUAGAACAGCAAGUGGAGAUGAUCCAAUUAAUCAAAAGAAAUUGAGUGAAUUCAUAUCAGAAAAUGUUAAAACUAGUGAGAAAAUUCGAGUUCAUAUUGUUAACCAUGAAGAUAGAGAUGUCAAUUUGGAAACUGUUAAGAAUUUGAUGGAAUCUCAUUCAAAUGCAUGGUUGAUUGUUUGUUCUGAAGAAUCUAAAUUUUCAUCACUUCCUUCAAUGGUAUAUCCUUAUCACCAUUUGAUUUCCAAUGAAUUAUUCGAUUGGAUUGAUGGAAUGGAAUUUGAUGUUUUCGAAAAUAGUGAUAUCCAAACUAUUCCAAGCACCUGGAAGGAAAGAUUUGAAAAGAGCACUCAAUUUUGGACUGAUAUCUUGGUAGAAAGAAUUGGAAAGAAGCUUUAUCAGAGAGAGGAUCCUCCACUUCACAUGGCAGAUAUGGAAGAAAUUAUUCAACGAAAUCAUUUCGAUGCUUUAUUUGAAAUUGAGGAUAUGAAUGAAAUGGAAGUAUUGAACAAGUUUAAACGAUUUGACAUUUUGAAGGAACUUUCGGAAUGUAAUGUAUUGAGUUGGGUUUUACCAGAAAGUAUUGACGAAAGUGAAAAGACGAAAUUAGAAGAAACAUUUACCUUCUUCUUGUAUAGAUUUAGACAUUUUUUGAAAAGGAGAUUCAACUUGUUCGUUACCAAUGACAAGACAAUUUAUAAUAGAGCUGCCCUCUUUAUGCCUCAAGUGUUAUUGAUGGAGGAGAAGAGAUCAACAUCAAUUGCUGCCAAUUUGCAUUGUCUUACAAGAAUUCAAGGAGCAGAUGCAUUCACAAUUUCACCUCUCAUCAAACAGAAAGCACUUCCGGUGAUGGUAUUCAGUAGAGAAAUCAAGAAUGAAAUCGAAUAUGUGCAAUACUUUGAAGGAAAGAAUCCAAAGCCAAUCAAGCUGAACGUUGCCAUUCAAAUUGAGGAUUUCCAUGCUCAUUUGAAAGGAAUGGAUGCAAUUGUCAUGGAAUUGGCCCAAUACUUGAGAGAUCACAAUGCCCGUGUUACAAUUAUUAAUUGUGGAAAAUUGGAAAUCAAAUCCUCGAGUGAAAAUAUUCCAGUCAAACGAGUUCAAACCAAAGCAGAGUAUAAGCAAUUGUUGCAAAGUGAAAAAUUCACAGUGGUCAAUGCACACUACUCGACCUUUGGAUUAGAAAUUGCUAAGGAAUUGAACAUUCCAAUUGUUCAAACUCUUCACAAUCAGUACAUGUGGCUUUUGGAGGAUAAGCACAAGAAGUUAUUGGAAAAAUUUUACAAGGCAGAUCAUUAUACAUCCAUGUACACGAGUGUCUCUUCAGAUGUAGCCAUAUUUUCAGAUAUGAAUCUUGGAUUGGAUAUUAACAAGAUGGUUGUGAUUAGUAAUGGAAUUAGUGACUCUCAAUUAGAAGAUUGUCCAUUCAAACCACUGAAAUAUAAUGAGAGAGACCUCGUAUGGGAGAAAAAUAUUUUACCCUACACUGUCAAUCCACAAAUUUUACCUUACAAUAGCACGAAUGGUUAUGUUGUUGUUUCACAAAUGGAUGAUGAGAUUAGUCCAGCAAUGGGACAUCAUGUUUCUAUUAUUGCUCUUUCCUAUGCAAAGAAGAAGAUUAAAUAUGGAGCUCAACCACUCUUGAUAAUAAGUGGCCAAUUUAUUAACAGCAAGUAUGAGCAAUAUGUGAAAAAGUUAAUUAUUGACAAUGAUGUUUCAGAUAAUGUUCUCUUUUUGAAUAGAAAUUUCAAAGAUGAAUGCAGUUUAGUGAAGUUUUCAGAUGUUCUCAUUCAUCCAGCCCUUUUGGAAGGUUGGUCAAAACAAGUGGCUCAAGGAGUCAUCUAUGAUAAGGAAGUAGUAGCUGCAUUCAAUGCUGGAGCUUCAGAAAUUAUGUCCAAUCGAUACAUUGAGAAUACCAUGCCAACAGCAUUUGCCAAACUUAUCAAUCCUCCAUCAGUCUAUCACAAAAUUGAAAGAAAGAAUUUCGAUUUACACGAAUUUUUGAUUCAAUCACACUAUGAGUAUGAGCAUUCUGUUUCAGAGGCAUUAUAUGCAAUGUCGGUGGGAAGAACUCCAAAACAAGCUCAUUCAAUUCCAAAAGAUUAUUAUCAAGAGUUGAUGACAUCCUUUGUUUAUGGUGGUUAUAAGAGAUUAUUUGAAUUGAUACAAUUGACUGGAAGCAAUGCUCAAUAUAUUAGUCAUCUUUUUGGUCAAACUUAUCAAUAA